AUGGAUCAUAUAUUUUCGGUAACGAAUCGUCCUACCAAAGGCAGCAAUUCCUUAAAAUUGCAAGCAAUUUUCAGCAAAAUCGACAAAUCAAUUAUUUGUGCAAUAUCGUGCACCAACGUGAUCGCUUUUAGUACUCAAAGCAACAUAGAAGAAAACAACUCGAUAUUCUUCAGCACCAACGUUUAUGUGGCAGAUUUGAACACCCCAUGGCAAAUUCACAAAAUAAUAACGACGUCCUCGCCGGUCACAGUACUCCAAUGGGACUUUACCGGUAAAUUCCUACUGAUAGGAGACGAAAAUGGUUGCGUGCGCAUUUAUACGACCCCAGAUCAUAUUUUAAACGAAUGGAAUUUGCAUUUGGAAGUACCUUUGGAAGGCGAGCACAUAUUAGCCGCGGCAUUUUUCCAUCCGGGCAAGAAGAUCUGCCUAAAUACAGACAAAAAAGACAGUCCAUGUUAUUUCGAUAAAUUCUCAAAUAUUAAAUUUGCUUGUUCCGUCAAGCAAUUUGGUGGCCGGCCUGCUAAUGGGGCCCUAUUAUUGACCACUACGGGAAUGUUGGCUGCAAUUUUACUACCCCAAACGACCAGUCAAAGCCCAAUGGUAAUGGCAACAGAAAGCUUAGGACCGACAAGAAUUUUCAUCAAAACAGCUGAUAUUUGUUACGGCAAAAACGGUCAUUUUUUAAUAGCAGUCAGCAGCGGAGACCCCUCAAUGCCAGUUCAGUGUUACACUGUAUCAGUAAAAAAGGUCGAGGAAAAGUGCGUCAUUACUAGUCAAUCGUUAUUGAGUUUUUUCUUGUUCGAAGCCCCCAAGGAAACUCUGAAACAAGUUGUCAAAGAUAAAAAAUGUACAAUCAGUCACAUUAAAUGGAUAAUGCGCGAAGAUGCCGAUUCAUUGGUUGUAGCGGCCAACAGUGACAAUCAAAGUUGCUUGCAAGUGUGGGAACUCAGAGAAAAAGCUUUGCCCGUCCACAAGUCUUUUGGCAACUCUGAAACCUCACAAUUUUACAACACAGUCCUGUGGCAAUACCAAUGUCACUUUCAAUACAGCAGUAGAGUUACGGCAUUGGAAAUUAGCAAAUUAAGUCUCAUCAAUAGUGUUUCAAGUGGGUAUAUUGUAGUUACUUUUUCUGAUAAUACCGUUCAUUGCUUGUAUCGGGACACAUUGAAACCUAUUGCCAGCACUGCACUUUCGAUAGCCAGAUAUGAUGAACCAAUGAGCAAAAUGCCUAAAUUCAACACCAAAAUAGCCAGUAUUGAUUUAUCUUGGCUGGGAAAUGUUUUAUUGAUAAUGGAUUCUGAUGAUAAUUUACAUUUAUUUAAGUUACCACCUCAGAUCGAUAGCUCAACUUUGACAGUACCUUAUUGCACUACAGUGCUUGAAUAUUGUCUUAUUGGCGGUUUUGAUUGGUUGGAUUUGAUGCUAGUACUAAGGCCUAGCAUGAUUGAAGCUGUUUGUGAUCGUUUAACCGAGAGCUUCAGCAGGCAGCCUCAAUUUGUUCAACAAUACUUUUAUGUGCAACUAUUGUGCAUAAAAACUUCUUUGUACAGGCUGAGUGCCAAUGGGCAGUCAAAAGCUAACGAUUUAUCUAGUUUUUUGAUGUUGCAUAGUAUUUCGACUGCCUUUAAAAGCCUGCUGAGGCCUAGUGAAAUGAAUAGUCACGAGAAAAGCCCUGCAGACUCGUUGUCAACUGAAGCGGAAGGUCAAACUGAUGUAGACAAAGUCCUAAUGCACUUGGAGGCUAAAGAAUUCACUGUGGAGCCUUCGACUUUGCAAAGCUUGCAGCAACUUAUUCAAUGGGUGGCCGAUUUAGCCUUGAAUCUUCUAGUUAAGGUGCCUGAUAGUAGGCCAUCUAUAGGCAAAUCCUAUGAGCUAAUCAAAGACGUUAAAGCGCUGAAUAUGCUCAGGGAAAUGCUGGUGCUUAUAAGGAUUUGGGGGUUAUUGCGGCCAGCGUGUCUGCCUGUGUUUAUUCGAUCAGAUGCCAACAUGGACGUUUUGGCUCUAUUGUUUCGGUUGCUGAGCCGGUUGGUGCAAAACGUUAACGAGCCUGACGACGCUCUGGUCGACGAUUGCUGUCUUUUGCCUAGCCAAGUUCAAGUGCAACAAAUGCAACCUUUGAAUAAUAGGACUGUGCUGGCUUCGCCGCAAUUGUCGCAGCUUAUUUUACCUUUACAGUUGGAAUUCAAUACUGAGCCUGAAUGUUUGACAAACUCCAGUGAUUUAACUACGUGUCAAACGAUAGAUUCGAUACGCCAUUUAUAUUUGGGUAAAACCCCUAGAAUCACUAAGCAGUGCGUCAGAUGUGGUUGUUCGGCUGGUACCACUCCGGUAACUAGAACUGCGGCCAUUAGGGCUUGGGACCAAAGAUGGCUGAAAUCGUGCCAAUGCGGCGGGCAAUGGAAAAUGCAAAUUUGCACUUGA